CUCCAUAUCCCCAACGUCAUGCACGUCAUACACUACGAUCUUCCAGGCGAUAUUGAUGAAUACGUCCACCGUGUUGGUCGUACGGAUCGUGAUGGUAACACUGGUUUUUCCAGUGCGUUCUUGAACCGUGGUAAUGAGAACAACGUCCGGGACAUGGUCGAGCUAUUGAGAGAGGCAAAACAGUAUAUUCCGGAAUGGUUGGAGACGGUGGCUCAAGAAGCUUCGUUUGGCGUUGAUGGUUUCCGUGGACGUGGUAGAGGAGGAGAAGGCGUUCGUCGAGGAGGUGCGACGAAGUACCACCGUGGUGAUCAUAAAAGAGGUCGCGGUGGUGGAAGGGUUUAG